CUCGCCUGAGCUCCCAAUUAAGGCAAUAGUUAGCUGGAGCUAGCAGCACACAGCUCCUCUCUCCUCCUCCAUCGAUCGAUCGAGAUCGAUCUGUAGCGAGCGAGGUAGCUGCUAGGUGACGGUUUGCUGGAGGGCGGCCAUGGACAAGAAGCAGUACGGUUCGAAGGGCGGCGGCGGCAAUGCUCGCCGGAGCGCGACGGCCGGCGUCUCGGGGAAGCUGCGUCAUAAGGGGAAGCUGCAGGGCGGAGGAGGAGGAGGAGGAAGCAAUAAUAGGAGGACUAGGAGGGAGAUCAAGGUGGUGUACAUCUCCAACCCGAUGCGGGUGACCACCAGCGAGGAGGGCUUCCGCGCGCUCGUGCAGGAGCUCACCGGCCGCCACGCCGCCGACCCGUCCAAGUACCGCGGCGGUGGCGGCGGUGGCGCCAGCGGGGCGGACGCCGGGGCCGCGAGCGGGAGCGGCGGCGGCGGCGGCAGCCCGUGCGCCGAGAUGCUCCUGCAGGACGCGGCGGCGAUGGCGCCCAGCCCCGGUGCCAGCACGGUGGAGUCGUCGACGUCGACGGAUCACGGCGACGCCUCCGCCGCCGGCGGCCAGGCCCAGGCGGCGGCGUGGGGCGAGGACGACGAGAACAGCUUCGCGCCGGAGCUGAUCGACAACAGGUACUCCGUCUGCUUCUCGCCGCCGACGUUCCUCUACGGCUCGCACAGCUACGUCGACGACGACUACGGUGUGUAGAAUUUCUGCAGCAUUAAUAUACGGUGAUUAAUCCCAAUAAUUCGAGAAGAGAUCGAUUUUAUAUUAACUAACUAACGAGCUGGGCGUGUGCAUGUAUGUACUGCUCUUGUACGAGGAUUAUUUGUAUAGUAUGUGCAUGUAUAUAUAUACGUGCUUGAUGGAUCGGAAAAAAUCGAAAUAAUAUGUAAAUCGAUCUAAUUAAAUGAAAAUUAUGUAUGCCUCCAAAAAUUAGUGGUGUAUAGUACUAUGACGGCAAAUGCAUGUUUGUCGUUCUUGUGUGAGUUGUCUGGUUG